ACCAAAAAUGAGAUGGCUCGGCACUUGAGGGAGUACCAAGACCUGCUUAAUGUCAAGAUGGCACUUGACAUUGAGAUAGCUGCCUACAGGAAGCUGUUGGAGGGAGAGGAGACCCUCUUCAGCACGGGAAGCAGCAGCCUUUCAACGCUCAAUCCCCUCCCCAACCCCACUUACUCCUUCCAGCCAAGGGGCUUUAGUUCCUCUACUCUGUCCUUCAAGGAGGAGGAGCAAGGAGAGGUGAUUAAAGUGACCUCUAAAAUAUCAUCCAGCCGGGCUGAGAUGAUUGAGGGCACCAUAACCUCUGCCAAGAAAAGAGGGAGAUUAAACCUGCAUGAAGGAAUCAUUGCGAAUGCAAAAAUGUAACUGUCAGGACCCCAUCCGUUUUGCAUUUGAGGGGGAACAGUCUCCACUCGGCCUUUAAAUUGCCCCUCUGGGCACAAAGCUGCACUGGGCUUGCAGGAAGCCCCCCUUAGCAACAUGUAACUCCCCAGGGACACUGACCUGGGGCCGGCUUCCUCUCAAGUCCUGCUAUGCAGAGGCCGAGGUUGGUACAUUGCUCCCUUUUAAAUGGGGUGGGGGCGUGGGCAGGUAGCUAGAUGCAUGUUGGUUGUUGUUGUGGUGGCACAGUGAACUUGUAGCACCUACCAUCCCUCCCUCAGUGGGCGAGGGGGAGCUGGCUGGGACUGCUGCUCAGCCGGCUGGCCGGGGAAGGGGGGGUAAGGGAAAGAAUUCAACUAUACCUAGUUUCA